UAUCGGGCAUUUCAACUCUGUCGACCACUCUGUAAACAUCAGACAGCCCUUCUGAGCUGCCGCCGCUGCUGCAUGAGCUCUUCAAAGCCCAUUCCUGCUGUCAACUCGUUGUAUUCUUGGUGGAGAACACUUGAAAUACCUGCACAGUCCCCACAGAUAAUAUGAUGCAUCUGACUAGUGGUGUCAUAUUGAGCCUCGUUAUUCUGGGGGCCGUGUGGCUGCUGUCCCUCACAUGGCUCCAUAUUCUGCUGGUGGGAUUCGGGCUCGGCAUGUUCUCGAGGGGAUCCUGGAGAAGUAUUCAUGUAGCUGCACACACAGUCAAAAGAGAUCUGACGUGUUUGGUGAUUUUGUUGCGAGUGAAGUUUUCCAUGUACCGAAAUCUGCGAAAUAGAAGCACCAUCCCUUCCCUGUUUGCUCAGAUGGUGACACUGCACCCAGACAAACCUGCCUUAAUCUAUGAGGCCACAGGAGAGGUUUGGAGUUUUAGGGAGCUGCAGGAGCGAUGCCAUGCCGUGGCACACUGGGCUCUGGCACAGGGCUGGGCUGAGGGCGAUGUAGUGGCUCUGUACCUGGAGAGUCAGCCUUUAGUGGUGGCUCUGUGGCUGGGUCUGGCUAUGGUGGGUGUAGAGGCUGCACUCAUCAACUACAACCUUCGACUGGACUCGCUGCUGCACUGUGUCAAAGUGUCUAGAGCUCGAGCUGUGGUGUUUGGAACAGAGACGACUGAAGCAGUGUCAGAGGUGAUUGAGUCCUUGCAGUCCGACAUGGUUCUGUUCAGAGCUGGUGAGCAGCAGGAUGAGGAGAAACUCUGCAGCGUCCAAGUUCUCAACUUGGAUGCUUUGCUGUCUUGUUCACCCAAACACUCACCACAGUACAAACUGAGAAAAGAAUUUAACGACAGACUUUUCUACAUCUACACUUCUGGUACAACAGGAAUGCCAAAGGCAGCUAUAGUGGUGCACAGUCGGUAUUAUCGCAUUGCUGCCUUUGGUUUUCACUCCUUUGGAUUACGUCAUGAUGACAUCAUCUACAACUGCCUUCCCCUCUACCAUUCUGCAGGUACCAUCAUGGGUGUAGGACAGUGUUUGCUCUUUGGCUCGACUGUCGUAAUCAGGAGAAAGUUCUCGGCCAGUCGCUUCUGGGAUGACUGCGUCAAACACAACUGCACUGUAAUCCAGUACAUAGGUGAGAUCUGCCGUUAUCUGUUGGCCCAGCCUGUACGGCCUUCUGAGGCUCAGCACCGGGUCCGUGUUGCCUACGGUAACGGCCUCCGUCCGUCUGUGUGGGAAGAGUUUGUCCAGAGGUUCAGAAUCCAAAGAAUCGGGGAAUUUUACGGUGCCACUGAGUGUAACUGCAGUCUGAUCAACACAGAUGGAAAGGUAGGGGCGUGUGGCUUCAACAGCCGGAUCCUGCCCAAUUUUUACCCCAUCAGACUGGUCAGAGUGCAGCAGGAUAACAGAGAGCUGCUCAGGGAUUCACAGGGACUCUGCAUACCCUGUCCACCUGGGGAGCCAGGCAUGUUAGUUGGACGCAUCAACCACACUGAUCCACUAAGGAGAUUUGACGGCUAUGCUGAUAAAGACUCUACUAAUAAGAAAAUAGCUCACAACGUAUUCAAGAUGGGAGACUCCGCUUACAUAUCAGGUGACGUGCUAGUGAUGGAUGAAUAUGGCUACAUGUACUUUAAGGACCGCAGCGGCGACACAUUUCGUUGGCGGGGGGAGAACGUUUCCACCACAGAGGUGGAAGGAGUCCUCAGCGGACUGCUGGGACACACUGAUGUAGCCGUCUAUGGAGUAUCUGUACCAGGGGUGGAGGGGAAGGCUGGUAUGGCAGCAAUAUCUCCUGCAGGAGGCCAAUUGGACCUUGAUGUGUUCUUGAUCGCUGUACAAAAAGCUCUACCCUCCUACGCACGCCCCAUCUUCCUCCGACUCAUGCCAUCUGUUGACACUACAGGUACUUUCAAAAUUCAAAAGGCACGACUGCAGAGGGAAGGAUACAAGCCACAAGAAACAAGUGAAAAGAUUUAUUUUCUGAAUAGUCGUGCUGGGUGUUACGAGGCUGUUACUGAUGAACUAUAUAAUGCCAUCAUGGAGGGGAAAGCAUCUUUAUGAGACAAGAGGAGGAGAUGAGGAAAUAUAGACGUUUGGUGAGGAUACUGUGUGGAUUUAAAUGCAAAAGAAAAACAACACAAAAGUCACUGAUGAAUGGGAUUUAGAGACAACUGCAGUGCUGUAAAUACUGAUACUGGAAACAUGAUCUGUUUUUGCAAUAUGUGAACUCACAUGUUUGUAAUAUAGUAGGAUUGUUCUUACAUGAUACGGCAUCUUGGUUUGCUUCAAUAAUAUUCCAUAUCCAGUAAAAUACUUUUGCAUUAGCUUUACAUCCAAUAAAAUAAAAUAAAAUAAAAGCUAACCAAACAUGACACGAUUACAAAACUUCAAAAGUCUCAAUUUAAAAUGAAACUCAGGUUAUUAUCCUAUGUCACAAUGUAGCACAUUUUCAGAAGAUGUAUUUUAAUACAGCUCACAGCAAAUACAUAAUUUCAUAUGAUUCAUUAGAAACAAAAUCCAAGUAGUUCUUGGAUGUGUUUUAAACAAGGCUAAGAAUUUAAUUAGUGUAAUUAUUAGGGCUCAGCACGUGAACGCGUUAAUGUUCACGUGCCGAGCAAGCUAGUAAUUAUGCACUGCACUGUGUGAAAAUGCUAACAAGCUGAAAUUUAGCAGGUGUUAUGUAAUUGGUGUUCCCAAUAUUUUGUGUAGUUCUGUGUGUUAAUAUGCUAUUAUUUGCUAAUAAGCACUAAAGACAAAUGAAAUAGACCAUAGUUUAACAACAUUUUCACCGAAUAAUGCUUCUAAAUUAACAGUUAAAGGAACAUUUUGAUUAUUACAGAAAGGAACAUGUCUGUAAAGUUCAUGGCAGAACAUCUAAAAGCUGUGACAUUUCAUUAAAAACCACAAAUGUGAACCUCAUGUUGGCACUAAAGGAAACAUCAGAGUGCACAGUGUUUGAGCACCAUGAAUGUAUUUAAUCAAAAGGCAAUCUAUCUCCAAUGGCCUGGCUCAAAUUGAUGCACAAACAGAGCAGCAUUGCAAAACCCUGGAGCCAUGCUGCAGGGUUAAAAACUAAGAAGAAUAUUAACAUGAAUGUAAAAGAAGGUGUUUACUUUUAAAUGUUGCAUUGUAAUUUUUUUUUUCAGAGUUUCUUUUUUUUAUGAACAGGAUAAGAAUUCAGAUUGUGAACAUGGUUUAUUUAAGUUUGUUUGUGGUUGACACACUCAUUGUUGAUGUUGCUUAGUGCUCUGUUCAGUGAAACAUGGUAGCUCACACUGAACCUGGUCUUAGUGCAUCGUUUUUUAACAGCAGGUUUAUUUUUUGAUUUAUUUUCCUUCUUGGUUGUCUUCUCUUUUCCCACAGAAUAAACUGCUGAUUUCUUGUCUUCUGUCAGA